GAGAACGAUAUACAUAUGGAGGAAUUUUACAGGAUGAUCGCAGGUGUGACAUGUGCUGGCUCAAAUGAUCAUGUGAACGUUCAUCAGCAAGUUGAAAAUAUGUCUGCUAGUACUAGCAGCGCCAGUUGUGGUGGGUUUCAUGGCGGUGGUCAUGUGGUGGAUGAUCAUAACAUGCUGUUAUUUGGGACGGAGGGUUUAGGAUCCGAUCAUAUGUCUGAUCUGAUCAAGUCCCGGAUAGCCAGUCACCCUCGUUUCUCUGAUUUAGUUACUGCAUGCCUAGAAUGCCAAAAGGUUGGAGCACCAGCGGAGAUGAAAAAUCUGCUUGAAGAAAUUGGAAGGGUAAGCCACCCAAUGAGCACCUGCAGUGAGAUAGGAGCUGAUCCAGAACUAGACGAGUUCAUGGAAUCAUAUAUUGGGGUUCUCCAUAGAUUCAAGGAGGAGCUAUCUAAGCCAUUCGAUGAAGCAACAACAUUCUUGGUCAACAUUCAAACUCAACUUAGCAACCUCUGUAAAGGGACAUUCCCAAAUACCUGGGACAAUCACUCUGAUGAAGGGGUCGGCAGUUCAGAGGAGGAACUUAACUGUGGGGUGGUGGAAGCAGCAGAGAGUCAAGAAAUUGGUGGUGCUCAUUCUAGUGGUGAUCGGGAACUGAAAGGUAUGCUGCUGAAUAAGUACAGUGGCUACCUUAGCAGUUUGAGGAAGGAGUUCUUAAAGAAAAGAAAGAAAGGGAAGCUACCGAAGGAUGCCAGGACUACCUUAUUGGAUUGGUGGACUAUUCACUAUAGGUGGCCAUAUCCUACGGAAGAGGAGAAAUUGCAGCUGUCUGAGAUGACUGGAUUGGACCAAAGGCAGAUCAACAACUGGUUCAUAAACCAGAGGAAGAGACAUUGGAAACCAUCUGAAGACAUGAGGUUUGCUCUCAUGGAAGGCGUCGGUGGGAGCACCGGAGGACCUGUGAUGUUUGACACUGGUUUUGGAACUGGAAAUAUUCAUGAUGGUAUGUGAUAUCAUUGUAUCAGGUGUUUGGUCGAUUCUAACAUUCGACCUAAGUAGCGUUAGAGCCUUUGAUUAUUUCAGUCUAAUGUCUUCUUUUUCAUAUGGUAUUUGUGAACCUUGUAAUAAUGUUACGACUUGCAUGUAUGUAUAUUCUGUAUCUGUGAUCCCUCUCUUAUACAUGUAAUAUUUUCUGUC